GCCUUUCGCAGCUAUCUGGUUCUUCAGUCCGCCUUCAAAGUCUCGACCAUCCUGUGUUGCAAUAGAUGGGCCCGAGGCGAUCGGCAGAACAAUUGAAGACUACGACUCAUUAGCCAGUUAAGUGAUGCGAAAAAACGCCUGAGAUCCGUGAUUGCAUCGAUUUGAUUGCAUCUGCGGGUGUGAUGUGACCGGUUGAGUUUUCGGAGAGAGUUGGAUUUUUCGGAAAAUGCUAGCGAGUUCCUCGUUUGUUAGAAUGGCAACUGGUUUGGCUGUUUUGGGUAUCGUCAGGGCGCUUAGCAUAGACAAUCAGCUGACGCCACUCGUGAGCGAUUGUUUCGAACGCUUGACAAUAGGAGAAAGAUUGAACCCGGAUAAAGUCUCCAAAAGUUUCAAACACAACACCGUUGCCGAUUGCAAAAGAGCUUGCUCGGAGCAGAAGAAUUCUUGCAGAGCUUUCGCUUUCGGGAUUUCAGCAAAAGGCAACGCCACCUGUGAACUGAGCGUCGACGCCAUCAAAGAAACCGCCGACCUGAAACCCAUCGGAACCGUCUCCGACACCGAUUUCGACUUGUACAUAAAGAAGCUAGACUGCACCCUUGUGAUCGACAAAUCCCCCCACGUCAAACCCUCCGACCAAGACUUCCGCCCUUCCCUGAAGCCGAUCACUCUCGGCAACAUCCCCGCUGAAGACGAAAUCUUUUUCAAACCCCUUCAAGACGCUAUCGACGGACCCGCACCUCCGGAUGGGCCUUCUCGCCCGCCAGAUCUGAGUAACCUUUACCUCCCAUCGAAAAAUCCACACCGGCCACCUCACCCGCCGGAUUCCGGCCACUAUUACGAUUCUGAUGUCGAUAGAAUCUCGUACGGGGAUCGUAGACCCACUCAGCCACCUCGAUCGCCCAAUAAAGAUGGAGUUCAGAACGUCCAAACGUUGGUGAGCGUAGCUAGCGGGCCCCAAACCGUUUUGAAUCCGGUUCACGGGAUUUUGGUAGCAGGAGAUUCGCAACUGGGAUAUGGAGGUCAACAUGAUGAAAAACGUCCUUCGUUCAUACCGGAAUCCUCCAACAGCCCCCACGAAGACCAUAAAGUUCUACAACGACCAAAUGAUUUCGACAGACCAGACCAACAUGGGGGAAUUCGACCGGUUUUUGAGAUCAAUGAUGACUAUGGACAGAGUACCUUCUUCCAAAGGCCUUACGGACCUGUAGAAAGACCGGACCUGCAUAGAUAUGACGUUUCGAAACCAGGCAGCACCGAAUACUACUCAGACAGAUAUGGCGACAGACCGUCAAGGAUCCCCUUCCGACCACAGUCGAACUACUACAACUAUCAAUUCCCCGACAAAUACGGCUCUCUCAUACCCCACCCAGACUCCUACAACAACAACAAACCGCUGGCCCAAAGCGAAUAUCUAUUCCAGCAUCAACAGCAGCACGAAGAAUACCACAACGAAUACUUUCACCACUCGAUCAAGAACGACUACCAAUACCACAAACCGUACAGACCUCUGGAAAGCUACGAUGACUUUAGACGGCCAUCAGGAGAAAAAUACAGCUAUAACCACAGGCCUGGUUCACCACAAUAUGCUCCUCAAGACGAUAGACCAUCUUGGAAACCAGAUGGAAUAUCUAGCUAUGGGCCAUACCAAAAUGAAAGACCGUCGAAGCCAAACGGUUCCUAUGAUGAUGAAAGACCUUCAUCAAAACCCUCGACAGGCUAUGGUAGCGAGAGGCCUGAGAAUAACGGGCCCUAUGAGGGCACGCGACCAAAUAGACCGAGUAAUGACAGACCCUAUCAAAACUCGAGGCCUAAUGACAGCGACAGGCCCUAUGACGACACGCGACCAUAUAGGCCGUAUCAAAAUUCGAGACCCAUUGACAGCGACAGGCCCUAUGAGGACUCGAGGCCAAAUGUCCAACCCUACGACGACUCAAGACCCGACGCUGAUAGACCACACCAUAUAAGACCCUAUGAGGAUUCAAAACCAGUCAAAGGCAAGCCCUAUGAGGGCUUUGGACCAUACGGCGAUGUCUCAAAACCAAAUAAUGAUGGACCACACGGUGAUCAGUCUUAUGAGUACCCAAGACCCCAAGGCGACAGUAACAUACGACCGCAUGAUGAUGAAAGACCCAAUAGACCGAGACCUGUUGGAAAUGGUCUGAGUUCCUAUGGAGAAAGCGAUAGGGGGCCUUCCAGGGGAGGAACGAAGAAGCCUAUAGUCACCAAUAGUAUUGGGUACCAUGGAGAGCAGAUAACAUCUAUAAUAACGGAGCUGGACGACGCGUGCUUUCGGAGAGUUUUGGCAGGAAAGCGAGUGUCUCAAAUUUUCGUCAAGAGGGCUUUGACAUGCGAAACAGUCGAAGAAUGUCAACGAGAAUGCGCGGACGAGAAACGUUUCAGCUGCGAAGGCUUCAACUACAGGCUAGACCCUUCGGGUCGCGGUAAAGGAGACUGCGAACUCAUCAACCAACCCCUAUCUCGACUAGACAUCGGCAGAGACCUCUACCCAGAACGCGACUACGACUACUACGAAAGGGACCGCAACGCAGCGCCUCUCAACUGCAACAGAAUUCCAAGUGGCUAUGGGUAUGGAGGAUAUGGUGGCUACACGGGAGGAGAAAGUCACUAUGGAAGCUACGACCAUAGAUACAGAGGUGGAGGAGGUUAUUAUGCUGACAGGAGAUUUGACUAUGAAGUUACAGGCCAUAGAAGACCUGCCAACGACUACGGCCCUUCUGUCUUAAGGCGACCAGGUGACCGAUGGUCAGAUGACGACAGAUAUGACAGAAGACGUCCCAGCUAUGAUUAUGACAGGAGAAAACCACAUUUCCCAUACGACAGAGAUUACCCAUCGAGUGGAAACAGAAGAGGAGACUUCACCCAUCCACAUGAACCCCAACCUCACUUUUACGAAAACGACAGAAGGUACCACGGAACCCGCCCUCUAAAACCAGACCCCCACGAACCCUAUUUACCCCCUCGGUACCACGAGAAUCAAAAGUACUGGGACUCUUCAAGAUACGGCGGGUCUUUCAGACCUCCAGAGGGUAACAGACGGAACUACUACCUUCCCCCGAAAAAGGAGGGUACCAAAGAGUGGGGACAUUACAGAAAUGAGUACCACCGGUACGGGAAUAAGCAGAGUUAUAAUUACUGGGGUCUAAGCAAAUAUGGAGAGACGCAUGGUAGUUCCGGUAUUGGAGGGGGUUAUUUGCCUCCCUCGAAAGACGGUGGGGUCUUGUCGAUAGUACCGAAGCCCGGUGGGCUAGGAGGCGGGAGUUAUUUGCCUGUUUUGGACAACGCUCUAUUGCCAGCCGAACCAAGGAGGCCACCUACGUACAAUUUCAUACGAGACGAAUGCUCCCUGAGAUCUGCCACAGGGUUUCGUUUGCACAAAGGAAUAGUGAAAAAGUUUUACGCUGUUCCAAACAUCUACGAAUGCGAACUGCUGUGUUUCAAAGAGAGAGAUUUCCCGUGUACGUCUUACGCCUACAGAUAUACCGUGACUUUAUCUGCGCCUACAGACAACUGCUACCUGAGCAACAGAAACUACAAAGAGCUGGACUUCUACACGGAUCUGGAACCCGACAGAGACUUCGACAUUUACACUAUGAACAACAGAAACAGAUGCGAGGAACCUAUAGUUCAAGGAAGAGACAACAGCGAUUGCUUCUGGCGUGUCAGAAGUGGCCAACGCUUGGACCACAAGGUCGUCAGGGACUCGUUAACUGCCAAAUCCAUAGUGGACUGUCAAAUCGAGUGCUUGCGGUCCUCUAGAUUCACCUGCCGCGCUUUCAGUUACAGAUACGGUUCUCCUGUCAUCGGUGGAUCCAUAGACAACUGCCAAUUAACAGAUUGGCCAUUCUACGAGCUAGAUCAGAGGAUACAUUUCAUUCCAGAGCCGGGUUUCGAAGUGUACGAAAGAGGGAGCUAUGGCCACGGAUGUGAGCCUGAUCAUUUCGGAAUAAGGGGGCAACACCGAAAAGACGAACAUAGGUUAUCUGAAGCUGAUCAAUUAUGCUAUAUUGGAUUCGGAUCACCUGCACGCUUACUGCCACAAGCAACGAGAAAAUCUUUGUACACUCCUUCUGAGCUCUUGUGCAAAGAAGAAUGUUCCAAGGCAAGACGAACCACGCUGUUCCAAUGCAUGUCUUUCAGUUUCCGGACCGGUGGAGAUAAAACUUUGCCAAACUGUUACUUAUCGGACAUAUACCAGAGGGAUUUACUGGUGAACAUGGAUUAUGUAUACGAUCAUGAUUUCUGGUUGUUCGCGUGGGAUAAUUAUAACCCAGAAUGUGUGGCCCUUGCGAAUGAACCGAAAGAUAAUCACAUUGGCGGAGGUAGUAUAGACAGACAGGAUUCCUUACAUGGUUUGGACACCUGGAAAUUGUACAGCGUCAGCGGAUGGCCUUGCAGAAGAGGUGCUCUCUGCCAAGAAAACAGAGAAACUGGGUUCUGGUUCUGCGAGUUAGAAGGAGGAGAAAAAGGGGCUUGGGACUACUGCUGUAGGCCUGAACAUCAAUGCGGAUCUUCUCAUGGAUAUCCAUAUCAAUGGUGCUACGUGGGUCCAUCUAAAACCCAAUGGAGGAAAUGCAGUGAUCGCUACUUUCCUUAUAUUCACAACGUGAUUGACCGGCUAGAUCAUGUGAAACCAUAUCUACCCGGUUCUCAAAAACCUUGGGUACCAUCCUCGCCACCGGUUAGACCGGGAGGACGACCAGACAGGCCCCCGGCCCCACCCCGGGAACCCCCUCCAAGGCCCAGCCUGAAUCAGUACGAGAUGAUUUUUGACGAAGAGUUUUUGGACCCUCCAAAGCCAGGUGGUUUUGGUCAACCCAGACACUGGCCGGUGUCGUACCUCCACAAAGAAAUGCCUCCUAACACGACAGACUCCAGACUCAUGCGCAUGGAAGAAGAAAACCCCAAAUUCGCCGCCAUACAGAAUCUGAUCAACGUUAUCAAAAGCAACGACCUCAACAACGUUCAGUACCACAUCUCAAACGAAUCAAACAAAGCCGAUGACAUUCUUUUCGUGAAGAUCCCUCUGCCGACAAACUUCACGAGAGAAGCGGUUUCCAGCAACAGCAGCGCCACCUUGCUGCGAGCGUCUCCUGAGAAAGAAAGCAGCAUCGGUAAGAGAUCGGGAAAGUUCGUUCAGGGCCUACCCAGAUGGAGCGAAGUCGAGAAAUCUACCGAGUCGACUGAAGGGUUCGACAGAGGUUCGAAACCUAGUCCCGUGUAUAGGAGGGGCUUCGUAACACGGACUAACGUUACUGGUCGUGGAAGUUACAGAUGAUGGAUUUUUAUCUUGUGCAGAAAAGGUCAGUUCGGGUCGAUUUCAAUUUCAAGAUGACUCAUUAAAAAAUCAGUAAUCUUGCAUUCAUGUAAAUUGUAACUGAAUAGUAAAGUUAUGAACUUAUACCAAACCUUUUCUUCUCUUAGAUCGGAACUUCAUUAGCCUUAUGAUGAAAGAUCAUUAUCUUGUAUCUUGAAUACAUCGAAUGA